AUGCCCUUCAAGAAGCAUAUCAGGCCCGGCAAGAUUGAAGCCAGCCCUGAUGGCGAUGCCUUGGUCGUCCAUUUCACCUCCGAGAUCACCCACUUGGAUGAGGAUGGCAUGCCCAUCAAUGUGGAGAAGAUGCCAGACAAGCGCGAGGUGCCUAUUGGCGAAGCCAUGCGAGGUCUCCGUGAAGAGGAUCUACCUGCGCUGGCACAGGAGAUUGUCGAGAAGUGCCGCUACAUCCCUGAAAGCAAGACUUCGCAAGUGGCGAAGGUGCUCAAGAAGCUUUACGGACUACAAGCCUCAGAUGCGCCAUUCAGCAAGGAUUUCGGCGCAGGUGCCACGCAGUCCUCCACGAAUCGGACUUCCGGUGGCGACUCCGUGCUUCCUGCGCAGCUAGAGGACCUGCUGCCCAGCGCAUCCGUCCGAAACUUGGACGAGUACGUAGAGGAGCUCUACGAGGAGCACAUGGACAUGAAGGUCCGAGGUGCUCAAAGGCUUCUCAGACUUUGCACGGAGGUCCGCAUCCUGGACCAGAUGACGGAGCACCCCACUCUGCUAGGGGUGCUGAGUCGGGAGCUUCGCGAAAAUGCCAAGCGCAGCUACGAGCUGGCUGUGGCCAUCACAGGCAUCUUCCUAAUCCUUGCGAACUUCUCCUGCUUCCACGUCGCCCUGAAGCGACACCAGUGCGGGGAGGUGACCAUGCGCGUUCUCGAGUAUGAGAGCAAGCGGCGCAAUGUCAUGAAGAACGAAUUGGUGCAGACACAAGAGCAGAUGGCGAAUUCGCAGUCGCCUGAUGAGCGCACGCGACUACAGCGCACCCUCGGCAAAUGUCGGGCGCGCCUUGAACGACAGGACCACUUGCUGCAGAUUUGCCUUCUGGUCCUCCGUGCAAUGUCGGAGGAUACUGCUCAGGAGCUGAAAUUUGUGAAGCAGAAGCUCUGCCAAAUGCUGGUGCCGAUGCUCGGCAGACAGCACGAGGAUCUGCUCUUGAGCACUCUGAGCAUGUUGCACAAGCUCACCAUCUUUGAGCAGAACAAGGACCAGCUCUUGAAGGAGGAGGUCUUCCAACGCCUGGCCGAGCUCCUGGGCCACCCGGCGCCCGAGGUCGCCUUCCUGGCGAUGAGAGUGUGUUACAACCUCUCCUUCGACUCCAAAGGUCGAUCCUUCCUCGUCAGCCAGAGCAACGUGGUUGCCAGGCUCAUGGCCGCGGCCGUCACGUCCCAAAGCGCGAAGCCACCCUUCAAAGCGGUUUCCCUGAGGCUGCUCUACCACCUCACGCUGGAUCCUGCGGCGAGGUCGACCCUGACAAGUCGCCACCCGACCAUCGCUUCCAUGGCACUGCAGCUCGUAGCACAGAGCAAAGAGAAGGAGCCGGAGGCACUCGCUCUGCUUCUGAACCUCGCAGCGGAUGAGGCGGCUGCCUGCUUGCUCUUGGCAGAGGAGGCCUUUGUGACGGUGGCUUUGCGGGGCAUCAAGGGCAGCCAGGUCAUCCUCAAGGUCUUGCGGCACAUUGCUUCCCACCAAGCGAGCCGCUCCAUCCUCCUUGACGUGAUGGGCGGAGGUCCUGAUGCCCCUGGCUCAAGCCACGCGUGGCUCCUGGAGUUGGUGCGACUGGCGCAGAGCACGGCGGCCGACAGGCACGACGUGCUCGUUGAAGCCUUGGGCAUCUUAGCAGCGCUGGACUGCAGCAGCCCAGAGGUUCCCUGGCCUGAGCUUUGUGAAGCGGGCCUCCUCGAACUCUUACCAAGGCUCUUAAUGGUCGGCUUCUCCGAGGAUGAUGUGGUCCUGGAGGCCGUCAUGCUGCUCAGCGUCUUGGCCCUGGAUCCGCCGUCGGCGGCGCUGCUGGCGAACUCCAAGGUCCUACACCUGUUGCCAGACGUGAUGGCCGCCAAGACGAAGGAUGCUGAUCUCAUGGUGCAGUCGACCUUCUUGCUCCGUUGCCUCAUCAUGUCCGAUGCGACGCGAGAUGCAGUUCUACAGACGGACGCCCCUGCGCGUGUUCUGGAGCUCCUGCGGUCUCCAGAGCCUGCGGUGCAGGAUGCGGCACACGAGCUCUUGGAGAUCAUCGCCGCUGCCGAGGCACAGGCCGGACGAGCGAGCCGAUGGACCAAGCAUCUCCAGGAGUACAAGUACAAAGUGCACAACAGCGAGUGGCUGGAUGCCGAGAGCGAGGCCAAGCCACGCCGCAAUAAGGAGACUGAGCACCGGUCGCCUUCGCGGGAUCCGUCCAAGCGGAGCACUCUCACCGCGACUGCAGCGACCACUGGAGGCUGGGGCGAAUCCAGCGACCUUGACGACCGCCGGGAGGAGAAGCGAGGGAGAAAAAAGCGUGUGAAGCCCCGGCCCCAAAUUCACAACAUGACACAAGAAAUGACCCGAAGUUUCCCCGUAUCACCAUUCCGGCAAGCUUGCGAGCUGGGCAGUCAACUUCAGGUGAUGGAACCUGGUGGGAGAAGAUCCUUUGCUUCAGCUUCGGCCGCUUUGGUGAACAGGGGGGUUGCAUACCUUGGCCAACAUGCCCAAGGUCUAAGAGCAGGCUUUGAGUUUCUAAGAGGGCACUUCGGGGGUGGUUCUCCGAACUUCAAAGUUCGUCGAGGCCUUCUUGUGGAGGACCGGAGAAGGUUCACGGCGCAUGCCGCAUGCUGCAGAGAGAGAGAGAGAGAGAGAGAGAGAGAGAGAGAGAGAGAGAGCGAGCAGAGCAACAUGUCUAUUAUUCCGAAAGAUCUCAAGUCACUGCCGUGUUUCGUAAGGCGUCAUCACGGAACACAGACAUGA